UUUUUUUGGAACUAGGGACAAUAAAGCUAUAUCGAUUUCUUUGCAUUUAUUCACCGAUCUAUAAAUAACGCGCUUCAAAGUCUCCAAAACGUCGUAUAAAUAAGCCCCUCUCUCUGAGACUCAAUAAUCCUCAAAAGAAACAGCCAUGAUGACCAAAAACAUGGUGAUUGCGCUGUCCAGGCCCCACGUCCUCUUCUUUCUCCUCCUCGCAAGCUCUCUGAUGCAGUGCCACUCCCGCUGCAAUUUCCUCGACGAAAACUUGUCGACCACAAACAUCAAGGGGAUGUUUGUGUUUGGGAGCUCUGUCGUCGACAACGGGAACAAUAACUUCCUCCAAACCUCAACCCGCGCCAAUUACUUGCCCUAUGGGCUGGACUUCCCGGUCGCACCGGCCUCUGGCCGGUUCUCCAACGGGAAGAAUGUCAUUGAUCUCCUUGCCAAACUCCUCGGGCUCCCCUUCAUCCCGCCUUUCUUGGAUCCUUUGACUAAGGGUCUGAGGAUGGCUCGUGGCGUCAACUUUGGUUCCGGUGGUUCCGGUAUUAGGGACGAAACUGGCUCUGUUACGGGAGACGUGAUGAGUCUGAAGGAACAAAUAAUGGCGUUCGAGGGAACAACACUGGGAGAGCUUGAAGCAGAGUUGGGGUGUGGGAGCAAAGAAUCCCUGUGCCACUUCCUAUUUGUGGUCGGAACCGGCAGCAACGAUUACUCCUUCAACUACUUCCUCCAAUCUCCCCCCGAUUCCGAUGCCGACACUGAUGAGAAACUCCAAGCCUUCACCUCCAAUCUCACGGCCUCCCUCUCUCAAUAUUUCCAGAAGCUGUACGGUUUAGGUGCCAGGAAAUUCGUGCUGAUGUCAGUGAAUCCGAUAGGGUGCUAUCCCUACGUGAAGGCAAGCAGACCAAUGGUCAGAGUUCAGUCAAUGAACAGAGCAGCUCGUCUCUUCAACUCCAACUUGGUCUCUCUCGUCAACGACCUCCCCGCCCGCUUGCCCCAUUCCCACGUCGUUGUCGUCAACGCCUACAAAAUCAUACGAGACAUCCUAAAAAACCCCAGCCCUAAAGUUCAGGAUUCACGAAUACCGAGGAGCCGUGCUGCGAGGUCCGGUCGAUGGCACAGGGCGGGAACGGGAUAUUUUGCAGGCGGGGUGGGUUGACGUGUUCGAACAGGAGCAGUUACGUGUUCUUCGACGGGAUUCACCCGUCGGAAGCCGUGAAUGAUCGGAUAUCGUCCAAGGCUUUCACUUCUUACCUUUGGUCUGAGGUUUAUCCCUUCAACGUCUGACACCUCGCAUGGCUCGUCUAGCUUAAUUAACCAACGGUUCUCUCUAUCUUCCUUGUCCUAAUUAGUUGAAUAAAAUUCCUGAAUCCGAUACUAGUUCUCCUAGUGGUUUCGGGUUUUCAAGAAGUUAAGGUCAAAAUGAACGUAUGGCAUUUGUAUAUGAAUAUUUUUCAUGAAUUCACUCAUAUCAGGAUCACAGUUCAUAACCUAAAAUAUUAUGAGCUUCUAAUA